AUGAGAGCAAUUCGAUCUCGUCUAGAUGAGCUACUUUGUAAACCGUAUGAUGCAGUUGACCAUGAUAACCAGUGGGUGAGUGAUAUUGCUGGCAUUGAAAGGGUGGUCAGUGAAUAUGACAAGACCAUGUUUCGAACUGAGGGGGUGAACAACAGAGCACUGGAACUUAUUCUUAAUACUGUCCAACCUAGGGUUACUCAGGCCAUGAAUGAAAAGCUAAUAGCACCUUAUUCUGAUGAGAAGAUCAAAGCAGCUUUAUUUUAUAUGCAUCCAUCUAAGGCGCCAGGUCCAGAUGGGAUGUCCCCCUUUUUCUUUCAGAAAUACUGGAGUAAAUUGGGUUCAGAUGUGUGCAAAACUGUGAGGUAUUUCUUGUCUUCGGGUGUUUUGCUCAGAGAGGUGAACUUUACGCAUAUCACACUUAUCCCCAAGGUCAAGAGUCCGAAACAUAUGUUGGAUUUAAGACCUAUAGCUUUGUGUAAUGGCUUGCAUAGAAUUUGUUCAAAGGUGCUGGCAAACAGAUUGAAAAGAAUUCUGGGAGAUAUAAUAUCUCCAUUACAAAGUGCUUUUGUUCCGGAUCUUUUGAUUUCUGAUAAUAUACUAGUUGCAACUGAAGCCAUGCUUUUGAAGAUGGGCUUUGCGACAAAUUGGGUGGACUUGAUUAUGGCAAGUAUUCAGAAUAUUGCACAACAGAAGUGGAUUCAGGAUAUCACUCUUGCACCAGGGGAACCACAACUUCAUCAUCUUCUUUUUGCAGAUGACAAUUUUCUUUUUGGUACAACCAUUGAGGAAGAAUGUCAACAGUUUAGAAAUAUCUUACAUACCUAUGAGGUAGCGUCAGGCCAAAGAAUUAAUUUGCAGAAAAGUGAAGUAGUUUUCAACAAGAAUGUUGACUUAGACAAGCAAUAUCAGUUGGCAGGCCUGUUGGGAGUCCAAAGAGUUGACAAACAUGAAAGAUACCUGGGACUCCUUACAUAUGUGGGGAGAACAAAAACAGCAACUUUUAGUUACUUGAAGGAGAAGUUGACAAACAAGGUUUCAGGUGGGGGGACUCCGAGGAGAAACAAAAGAUACACUGGGGGUCUAGGGAUAGGCUUUGUGUUCCAAAGAAAGAGGGUGUCAUGA